GGGGGGGGGGGGCAGGGCAACGUGGCUGUUGAGAUGCGCCUCGGGGACUACCUCUACUACGGCCACGGGGUGCCGGCGUCCUUCGACUUGGCGUACAUGUACACGCACGGGCUCGGGCUGCCCAGCGACGUGCACCUGGCGGAGCGGCACUACGACCAGGCGAUGGACGCGUCGGCGGACGCGUACUUGCCCGUGCAGCUGGCGCUCCUCGAGCUGCGGCUGGUCGCUUGGUGGCAGGCUCACACGGGGCGCUCCGACUCCCCCGUCCUCGCGGCGCGGCGGCUGCUGGCGACCGCGUGGGCGAGGGGCUGGGGCAUCGCCGCGGGGGAGGCGGCGGAGGAGGGGGAGGGCGCGACGGGCGCGGGUGCCGCGGAGCUCGCCGCUCUGUGGCGCGCAGCGGCGCCGGAGUGGGACACGCUGCUGCUUGCGGUGCUCACCGCGGCGCUCGCGUCGGUGCUGUCGCUGCGGGUGCGGCAGCAGGCGCGGCAAGCGGCGGCGCGGUAG